GGGACAUGACUUUGCCACCCUGGGAAAAAUGAAUCUGGUAUAGGCUGCGCGGUGCUUCUUCAUGGCCCGGAGACAAGUUCAGAGCCAAGCCGAGAGAAAGCUGACACGAUGGGGCUUCUCUCUGUGAGUCUCGGGCCCUUUCGGAACCGGGUUCGGUCGGUCCGGACGUGGAGCCGAGAUUUGUCCACCGUUUCAGCUACUUUUCGCCACAGCGGCGCACUCGCGUCGAAGACAUCAAUGAUCCAAAGGAGAUGUGGAGGAUUAUAUCAACACAGUUUCCAACUCGCUCGGUUACAUAGCUCAAACAAACCACCAAGAGGUUUUGAAAAGUUUUUCCCAAAGAGUGAAGAAAGCACUGGCUCCAAUAAGUCAGCUGAAGAUGAAAAUACCAACGAGCAAGAAUCUCAAAACCCAAAUGAUGAUGAGGACGAAAGACGAAGAGGAGGAAAAAAGGGUGACUCACACUGGUGGACACGCUUUCAGGAUGAAUUUCCCUUGGAUGAAAAAGUAUUUCGGAACCUUGCAAUUGGUGCGGCAGGCAUGACCUCAGCUUUUUUAUACUUUUAUUUCCGAGAGACGGGGGUUCAGAUCUCCUGGAAGGACUUUGUGCAUCACUACUUGAGCAGAGGUUUGGUAGAUCACCUGGAGGUUGUCAAUAAACAGUAUGUCAAAGUGAUUCCUGCCCAUGGAGUGAACACAUCAGAAGUGAACUAUUUGUGGUUCAACAUUGGCAGUGUUGACUCAUUUGAGCAUAACCUGGAGAUGGCCCAGCAGGAAAUGGGUCAGGAGUCCACAAAGAAAGUACCUGUAUUCUACAGCAGUGAAAGCGAUGGAACAUUUCUUUACAGCAUUCUCCCAACCUUAAUGCUGGUUGGCUUUUUAAUGUUUGCCACGCGGCAGGGACCAAUGGCAGGAGGUCGUGGAGGUAGGGGGCGAGGAAACCCCUUCAGCAUGAGUGAAUCCAAAGCCAAGAUAAUAAAAGACAACAUCAGCGUGCGAUUCAAGGACGUUGCAGGCUGUGAGGAGGCCAAACUGGAGAUUUUGGAGUUUGUCAACUUCUUGAAGAACCCACGGCAGUACCAGGACCUAGGAGCCAAGAUCCCAAAGGGUGCAGUCUUAUCGGGUCCACCUGGUACUGGAAAGACGUUGCUAGCUAAGGCCACUGCUGGAGAGGCCAACGUCCCCUUUAUCACCGUCAAUGGCUCAGAAUUCCAGGAAAUGUUUGUUGGCGUGGGCCCAGCGAGGAUAAGAGAUAUGUUUGCCACAGCUCGAAAAAAUGCCCCCUGCAUCCUUUUCAUCGACGAGAUUGAUGCAGUGGGCAGGAAGAGAGGCAGAGGGAACUUUGGCAACGAAAGCGAGCAGGAAAACACCCUCAACCAGUUGCUUGUGGAAAUGGAUGGGUUCAACAGUAGUACUAACGUGGUCGUUUUAGCUGGCACCAAUCGAGCUGAUAUCCUGGAUCCAGCUUUGAUGAGGCCUGGUCGUUUUGAUCGACAUAUAUACAUAGGCCCACCAGAUAUUAAAGGCAGGGCAUCUAUCUUUAAGGUGCAUUUAAGACCUCUGAAGUUGGACUCCAGUAUAGAAGUAGAGGCUUUGGCCAGAAAGCUAGCUGCACUAACCCCAGGUUUUACCGGGGCUGAUAUUGCUAAUGUGUGUAAUGAGGCCGCUCUAAUAGCUGCACGCCACCUCAACCAACAUGUCAGCACUAAGCACUUUGAACAGGCAGUGGAGAGAGUUAUUGGAGGUCUGGAGAAAAAGACUCAGGUACUGCAGCUUCCUGAGAAGACCACUGUGGCGUAUCAUGAGGCCGGACACGCUGUGGCUGGCUGGUUCCUAGAACACGCAGACCCCCUACUUAAGGUGUCCAUUGUUCCCAGAGGUAAAGGUUUGGGUUAUGCGCAGUACCUGCCUAAGGAACAGUACCUGUUUACCCGUGAGCAGCUGUUCGACAGAAUGUGUAUGAUGCUGGGGGGUCGAGUGGCUGAGCAGAUUUUCUUUCGCCGAAUCACCACCGGGGCCCAGGAUGACCUCAGGAAAGUCACACAGUCUGCCUACGCACAGGUUGUACAGUUUGGAAUGAACGAGGCGGUGGGUCAGGUGUCCUUUGACCUCCCUCAGCAGGGUGACAUAGUAACUGAGAAACCAUACAGUGAAACUACAGCCCAGCUUAUAGACCAGGAGGUGCGCUUGCUUAUAGAUGCUGCCUUCCAGCGAACACUUCAGCUCGUCACCGAUAAGAAAGAAAUGGUGGAGAAGGUUGCAAAACGUCUUCUAGAAAAGGAGAUUCUAGACAAAGCUGACAUGGUGGAGCUGUUGGGAACUCGUCCCUUUCAAGAGAAGUCAUCAUAUGAGGAUUUUGUUGACGGGCUAGGGGAAUUUGAGGAGGACACCUCUCUACCCGAAGGGCUAAAAGACUGGAACAAGAACAAAGGGGAUGAAAAACCCCCACAGAAUAGUCAAAAGAAAUCAGCCCUUUAUCUGUAGGUGGACAUGCAACCCCAAGGUAAAUGUUCCACUGGAUUCAGGCGAAGAUUUCUCAAGUGCAGCACCACCUGGACCAGACUGCAGUGUGUCAGCACUCUCGUGAACAGCUACAAAAGGAAGAAUGGUGAUGUGUUGCUUAUGUAAUUUGCAAUUUGUUAUUGUAGUAUUUAUACUCCAGCGGAAAUUCCCAAAAAAAAAUCUUGUGAUUUUAAUGUUAGGGCUGUUUAAAGUCAAGGCUUCUGUGAAGAGGGCAGUGUGUGACUUACAUUUCACUGGAGAUGCCUUCUACACUUCCAACCACACUCUGAUGGAGUCCUACUUAAUCUAUUGUCUCAGUCAGGAAAGUAACUGAGCUCAAGUUACAAAUGAAAAAAAUAAAAAUUGAUUAGUUGACAUGUGACAUUAGUUAGGAGUGUACUGGUCAGUUACACACUGUGCUAGUAUUGUGAUGGUAUCAUAUGAAUAACAUUUUAUUCUGAGGCUCAUUGCCCUUAUACAGCCUUGCUCAAUUACAGCAUAACGAUGCUGAUUCUUUAGUCUGUGGUGGAGAUUUCCAUAAAAGAAUGCUUCCAGUCUCAGCCAACAGCACUUUAUUAUGUUGAUAGCUAAAUAUUUAAAAUGUGUUUUCCCUGAGUAGGAAACCAAGUUUCUUCUCUUGUUUCUCGGAAUUCAAAGGUACUUUCACUGUACUUUUGUUUUAAAUCGUUCUUCAGACAAUUUUACAGAGAUGUAGUGUGUCAGCUUAAAUAUAUUAAUACUUUAUCACCCCACCAGUCUUCCAGCAAACUUCAACCUUCCUCGACCUAAUUCUCAUUAAUAUAUAAGUAAAGGCAUCUGUUAGAACUCAGUGUUUGCACAUUUUCUUACCAAUAUUACAAAUGUUACUGGAUCACAUGUACUGUAGGUUGUUUUCUCCUCCUCAGUGCCCCAUUGUAAUAUGAGUAGGCAUUGAUGUAGACAUCCAUUACUCUAGCUGGAUGCUUACUUACGAACAAGUGAACUGAGUAAGAAUCAAAUAGAAGCUAUCAAAUACCACACACUGCUGAAAUGUUUGCUCUCAAACAGAUUUGUAAGCCUUCACACACGCUACCUCAAAGUCUCUGUAUGUAUUAACUGCCUUUUUAAAAUGACAUCCUCUGAACAAUUAAUUGGUCACAAUACCAACACAGUCUGGUUGUUUGUUGAUCAUAUGAAAUGACUUGGUGCUUUACUGUAGUUGAUGUGGAUAACACAAAUGAGUGAGGGUUCAACGUAUCAACGUAACGUUCCUCCAACAUUUAUCAACAACAAAUUGUUGUUAUGUUUGAAUGUUUUCCCUAACUGUGAGCUAAGCUAGAUACAUAUUCAUGUAGCAUUCUCAUUUCAUGUAUUUGAGAACAAACCUCUACUAGAAGGGCUGGUUCGUUACACACUGUUACCAUAAAUAAAUAGUGUCUUCAUGGUUAAUCCAGUAGCACCUGACAUGAGUGACCAGGUUUGAUAUAAAAAUGUACUUGAACUAUAAUGCCUUGCAGUGUGAUCCGUGUGGGCCAUUUUUUAAAUUUGAAUCAGGUUUUCCAUUAGAUAGCUAAAGAACCUGACCAGUGUGACGACACUGGAACAUUUUUGUCAGUUUUGAAAUCCAGAUUUUCAAAAAAAGUUGUAUAUAAAGAUAUUGUGUGUUUUGUGCCUGUUUGAAAAUGCACUGUUCUUAUUUUUGUUUGAUGAAUAUUUCUUAAUACUUGUCAGUGAGGAUUAUUGAUUUUACAUUGAGACAUCUAAAAUGUGAGGCAAUUUUGGUAUUAUUAAAAAAAAAUGUAUACCCCAGCA